CGUGAAUCGUGCGUGAAUUUAGUAGAAAUGUCAACGUCGUUUGUGUUGAUUGUGUGUUGCAAAACAAAUCGCAAAACUUUCGCGAUUUUAUAAAACAUUAGAAUUUGAUUUUAUGAAAAUGGAGACUUAUUUUAUAAGUAAAACAGUGCAGAAUUUAUUGAAAUAUUGUGUUAUUCAAUUAUAGUAGGACGUAUGAUUCAAUCUUCAAGUGCCCCACAUUAAAAAGUAGUUGUGAUUCGCGAAAGUUUUUAUUUUGCCUUGAAAUUCUAAUGGAUAAAAAUGCAUGCCACAAGAAUUAUAGUGUUAUUCGUUUGUAUUACAUUUUGCGUUAAUGGUUAUGAUAAUGAGCAUACAAGCGAACAUUCUUUGGAGUUGACCCAGUCCUUGAACUUGGCGCGCCAGGAACUUAUUCAAGAGACGUGCGGUCGUCUUCCUUUAAAAUGGGGUCUUGAUGAUUUGCCGCCAAGCCAACUGGAACACAUUUUGGUGGAUGAUGAUCACAAACUCCUCUACUGCUACGUGCCAAAGGUAGCAUGUACGAAUUGGAAAAGAAUACUCAUGAUAUUGGCAGGAAAAUGGAACGACACAGAUGUCCUUUCCAUUCCAGCCAGCCUUGCCCAUUCUCCCGGAAUGUUCAGAAAUCUCAGUUCUGUUUCCAAGGAAGACAGAGACAUCAUGCUAGAGAAUUAUCAAAAAAUGAUAAUAGUUCGGAAUCCAUUUGAAAGAUUGUUAUCUGCUUAUAGAAAUAAGCUUGAAGGUUCUCUUCCGAGUGCUAAGUAUUUUCAAGAUCGCGUCGGGAAGAGAAUCAUUAAGGCAUUCCGAGAGAACCCAUCGAACGAGUCUUUGGAAUACGGGCAUGACGUCACCUUUAAGGAGUUCGCGCUGUUCCUGACAAAUAGGUCGAAGGAACUGGCUGACGUUGUGAACAACGAACACUGGCAACCAAUAACGAGCCUUUGCCAUCCAUGCCUUAUUAAAUAUACAUUAGUUGGUAAAUAUGAAACCCUCUUGGAUGACUCAUUACUGGCUCUUCACACGAUAAACGCGUCGCAGAUUCAGUUCCCCCGUCUGGCACGCACUUCGGGUACCUCUGAAAAACUACGCAAGUAUUUCUCGCAACUAGAUCUACCUCUGAUAAGGAAAUUGUACAAAUUAUACAAGUACGAUUAUAAAAUAUUUAGCUACGAUUUAGAUAAUAUAGUUGGUUUCGAUCUGGGGUAGAUGGGUAUGGUCAUGGGAUUAUCGUCUCUAUGGUCAUUUUUAUAUGAGCAUUGGAAGGAACAAUGUCCUCUCUUGGAUGAAGUAAAGCCCGAGUAUGAGCUAAACUUGGGUUUAGAUCAAAGAUUUUCCACGAGAAACAAAUUCGACACUAUGCAAUCGAAAUGGUUCCGAAUCGAUUAUAAAAUGUUGGAAACUGACGUACAGUGAUACUCUAUUCUGAUAUUUGUAUCUUAGAUAUAUGUUUUAUAGUACUAUACUUAAUGUUGUAACAUACGUCGUUUUGACAUUUCACAAUCGAUAUCUACGUCGAAGUUCGAGUUUGUUCUUAUGGAAAAGCGAUUUGUAUGUGUUUAUGCAGUUGUUUUCAACUGAUAUUUAUGUCAUCGUUUUAUUUAAG